AACCAUAAAAAACAUAUCUAACGGGUAAUUAUAAUCAUUACCGAAUAAUCAUGAAAAUUUAAAGAAAAAAAAAAAAUUCGAAAAUAAAAUAAUUUCGAAGUCAACAGAGAGCUUGUGCUAUUUCGAUUGUAAAUAGUAGUGGGAGAAGGAUUAGAAAAAAAUAAAAAAAAAAAAUAAAUUCGUCAUGGUCGUGUUUCUAUUUCGGUUCGUUAAUAUUGGGGUCCAAAGUGAUCUCAGUCUGUGGCCUGGCAGCCUCACCAGGAGUCUCAAUAACUUGAAAAAUUUUAAUCCUUCGUUAAUUGAAAAAAAACAAUUUAAUCUAAUUUAAUUCUAAAUAAAUAAAUAAACAAUAAAAUCAUUAUCAUUAAUUUAUCAUAAUUGAUUAAUAAAAAAAAAUAUAAAAAACAAAUUUAAAAAAAAAUGGAUUAAAGUGAUUAUUGAUAUAAUAUAAAAUAUUAAUUUAUAAUUAUUGAGGUGGUAUAAGUGUCAAGGCUAAUAUAAUGUUCUGGUCAGAGCCGGAUGUUGCAGAGGAGGAUGAUGAAGAGGAGGCACUCCUCUGCAGUCCGGCUCUCAUGGCCAGACGUGCUUCUGAAUCAUGGAUUGUUGCACCUCCCGUUGAGGCAAUGCCAGUAACAUCAAUGCCAUUGCAACGUAAAAAAUCAUUACCUGAUGUUGCUGGACCAAUACAAUUGACUGCAACAUCACCAUUGUCAAGAGAAGAAGUCAGUGUAUUGAGUAGUAUGAGAAGAGAAGAAAUAAGAAGACAAAUUGAUGAGAGAGAAAGGCUUAGGGCCAAUCCAUUUUUAUAUCUAGUCAGUCCUCAGGUUAAAGACUGGUUUUCUCGACAACAACUUGUUAUGUUGGUUUUAUUCAUCAACAUAUCACUGGCACUGAUGUUCUUUAAAUUAUUAACGUAGCAAACAGCCAAUGAUAAUAAUAUUCACUAUAUUAUUAAAUAAAAUUAAUAAAAAUAUAUAUAUUAAUUAUUAUUAAACAAAAAGAACAUAAUUUUCCCUGAUGAUAUAUUAUAUAUUUGUUAUCUUAAUGAUAAUGAAAAUAUUAAUAAAUAAAUAAAAAUUAUUAUUGUAUUAUCUGCAUUAUUUUACAAAGCAGAUCUACAAAUAUUUCAAGCACAUAAAUAUUUCCAAGUAUGAUGAAGCAGCUAGAGUAUUUAGUUUAUAAAGCAAAAAAAAUUAAUUAAAAAAUUUUAAAUAAUAUAUAUAUAUUUUUUUUUCGCAAUUUUUCAUCAUGCGGAUUCCAUGUUUAGGAAAUUAUUCAAAGUUUUUUUUUUUUUUUUUUAUAUAUAGCUCCAAUUUAAAUGAAUUAAAUAAUUAAAAAUUAAUUUACUGUCAAUAAAUAAUCAAAAAUAAACAGUAGAUUUAUGAAAAAAAAAAAAAUAAUAUAUCUAUUUAAAAAAAAUUUGAAUAUAAUGAACAAAAUUUAUUAAUGAAUUUUUAAAUCAUGUACAGUUAUUAAUUGAAAUAUAUAAAUAAUAAAUUUUUAAAUUUUUAAUAUUUAAAUAAUUAAAUAUUAAUUGUUUAUGGUAGUUUUAAAAAUGAAAAAUUGUACUAUUCAUUAUUGACAUGUUUAAUGAUUAAUAAAAAUUUAGAGAAUAAUAUUUUUUGAAUAAAUUAUCAUGGAGUGAAGUCAAAAAAUAAAUUCAGUGCCAAUGUGUAUUAAAUUAUUUUUUAUUUUAACUCUAAUUAUUAAUUAAUGUUAAUGUGGGUCAUAAAAAAAAAAAACAUAAAUAAUUUGUUAUUGGAAAGUAAUUUAUACUGUUGCCAAAUAAAAAAUAAAAACAAUUGGAUAUAAUGGAGCAAUAUUUAUUUUGCUGGGACCAUCUUUGCUGAUCAUGAAAAAAAUUUGUAAAAAUUUAAUUAUACAUUAAGUGGUUAUUAAAAAAAAUUAUCUGUAAGGUACCAGGUGCCUUCUCUGCCAUCCAAAAAAAAUUAUAUAAAUUGUGCCCCUUUUUUAAAUCUCGUCGAAAUUAUAACUAACUCUAAAUUUUUCUAAAAAAUUUAAUAAUUAAACAAAAUUAUUGUAGUUAUGUGCUAAGCAUAUUAAAAUAUUAUAAAUCGCUUUUUUUUUUUUUUAGUUUAUUGUUAUUUAAUAUAUCAAUUAAAUUAUCAUGAAAUUAAAUUUUUUAAAAAUAAAUUAGCCAACACUCCAACAGUUUUUUUCUUUUUUUUUUGUUCUAAAUAAAUUUGUAGAACGAAUUGAGUCAAAUUUAAUAUUAUUUUUUGUUAAUUUAAUAAUUAUUUAAAUGAUAAUUUAUUUAAAAAUACAUGCAACAAUUUAUUGGUAUCAUUUUUCGUAAAUCAUUGAUAAUAAAGUCUGAUAAAAACAAUUAAUCUCAAUAAUUCAUCGAAUGAAUUUAUUUAUUUUUUCUUUUAAUUUCAAAAAUAAAAAAGAAGAUAUUUCUUUUAUAACGAAAUAAAUAAAAAUUGAAAUACGUAACUACGCACAAUAUUUGAUAUAAAUAAUAAAUUUUAAUUAUUGUAGACAAAAAAAUAAAAAUAAAAAUAAAACCAUACAAUUAUGCAAGAAACUUGUUUUAAUAAAUAGUGAUAAAAUUUAUUUCCAAAUUGUUUGUGUUCCCAAAAAAUUAAAGAAAAAUUAUUGAAAAAAUAAAUUGAAAUGUUGAUUAUUAUUUUUUAUAUUAUUUAAAUGAAAAAAAAAAAUAUUAUUACAUGUCGUUACAUAAAUGAAUUGAAUUACAUUUAAAAAAUAAUUAAGUUUAUUUUAUUAAAAUAUAGUUAAAAUAAAUUAAUGAAUUGUUAUUAUUUGUUAAUUUUUAAAACGGAACAAAUGUAUUUACACGGAAAUAAAAAAAAUAUAUAUAUAAUGAUAGUACUGUUUUCAAAUUAUUGUUAUUAAUUAUUAGUAUUUUUAUUUUUUUUAUUUUUAGUGCUUGAUUUGUUUAUUUAGAAAAACAGCUUAUAGAUGAUUAAAAUCAAAAGCAAAUAUUUGACACAGUGAAAAUCUUUGCAUUUUCAAAAAAAAAAAAAAAAAAAGAGAAAA